UCCACCGGACAUUUAAGUGGCAAACUGCAGGCAAAUUGAACAUCAUCGACGGCCCCGAACACAUAGAUCGUAGAGCAAUAGUGUACACUACGAAUGCAGACGCAUCACUUUACAUUGCUCUUUGAUAUCGCAUUCAUACACGACUUCGCUCGGCCAAUGUGAUUAUAAUGUAAAUUGAGAGGUACACUUCAUUGGAAAUUGGGAUAACAACGAUUUCAAAUAAUAUUUCAAAAAUCCUGAUUCUUAAGGCUGUCUUAAUGACGCAGCUCGCAGCACCUAUCGGCGCAUACAGAAACUAACUUAGAACAAUCUGCAUGCUGGAAACGCUUCUAUGUGAAAUCGUUUUGUUCAUGUCUUUAGUAAAUUACAACACGUGCGCCAUACAAGUCAACGAUUUCAGUAUUAACAGUAAAACAUGAAAUGAUUACUGAUUUAUACGCUUAAAAAUUAUUUCAUUAGUUGUUGCAAGUUAUCUUGGUGUAAACAAGGAUUCGAAACUACUUAUCGAAGAUGGCGGGAAAAGAACAGUUCGAUAAAUAUUUAGGUGGAUCUCAAAAAUUACCGAAUGAGGUCCACAUUUUAAAGCUGGUUUCCGCAAGAGCUAGCGAAAUCGCUGCAAUGACACAUUCUAUAGAAAAUAAUCAGCAAACGAAACUUUUGUUUCAAAAGUUGCCUAUGUAUAUGCGCAGGCGUGUAAUGUCGCACAGUGUGAAGCGACUGCCGCGUCGAUUGCGGGAAGCACAUUUGAAUCAAAUGAAAAAAUCUGGUUUGCCGCCAAAAAUCAAGAGGCCGUGCCGCAAAUAUCGCAGGCGACCGCGAAAUUUGCUUUUGGAGUAUAACCGAAGACAGCGGAACAAAAUUUGGUUGGAGACACAUAUUUGGCAUGCAAAACGCUUUCAUAUGGUGGAAAAAUGGGGCUACAAGAUCGCAAGUUAUGCAAACGACAGAUGUUUUAAGGCGAAUUAUCGCGCCGUGACAAAGCAUUGUCUUAUGCAAGAUAUUUCGUAUUACACAUGCGUUGAAAUGCACGGACCCGAAGAAAUUCUGAAAGAAACAUUGAAGUGCCAUUGUAAUCCACUCGAGUUAACGUUCGCCGCAAAAGUUUUCAUUUCCGGUACCCGGGAAGGAACUCUGAUGUUCUUUAAAAAAAAUGGUUACCCGCGAUUUCCAAUUGGUCACGUGCACUUUUUGUGGAAGCCGAGCGGGAAUUCAAAAUUAAAAACAAUCUGGAUUUGGGUGCACCCAUCGUUUUUCGAUGAAUUUUUGAAUGAAAUCAUAUCCAGCUUCGACUUUAAAGUAAAUGAUACAGUGCCUAGCCCAACAAAUAGUCAAAUGAUUAAAUCUAAUUCAUAUACCAACGAUAAUAAUUGUAAAAUGACCGUCCACAAAACCACGUUUAACAGAUUUCGUUUUUUCGGACCGUUAGCGUUAAGCACGUUAACGGAGACAUUACGAUUACCAAAUAUUGAUGAAAAAUUUCAUUCUCCAAUUACGAUCGAAGUUGAAGAAAAUCGAAUGGAGUAUGAAGAUGAUAAUCAAGACAAUAAUAAAUUGUGGCAUAAAGAAUACUACAGUAAUGAGGAAAAUUUAGAAUCUUUAAAACUUCAAAAACAAUUGUGGGAACUGCUAAAGACACUGCAAUCGUCUAGUCAAUUGCCACCAAAUAUUGUUCUCGGAUUUACAGUUCUAGAUCCGAGGUUUCACCUGCCUGAAAAAAGAACAAAGCCACAAGGUAGUGUCUCAAAGAUGAUGGAAUUAAUGCCAGUCCCACCGACAAGUGCUAAUUCCAGUCCAAUUUGGGAUGAGGAAAUACGGCAAAAAGUUACUAAAACAUGUGUAACAACUAGUUCCAUUAAUAAACUAAGGAGUAAAUGUUUAGUCCCUGGCAUAAAUAAUGACAAAUAUUUCAAUGAAGAGAUUAUGACCAAAAUACCCAUACUUUUAGUUCAGAAACCAGGAAUUGGUAAUCAGGGUUUAAGUUCUGCUAUAGACAUUAUUUUACCAGCAGGUUGGGCAAUGCCAUUCUGGCUUGCUUGCAUACUGCGUUGUGUAAGAAUAGGUGCACUCAGGGAAUCAACAUCUAUCGCGUUCGAGUAUGAAAAUGUAAAAUCGCCAGACAUCAAUGACCCAGAUACACUUGCUUAUUCAAGAGAAGCAUUAAGUACUAAAAAAGAAUUGAUAGAAAAAUAUUUGCGCUAUCCAACUAAUAGACGUGUAAAUUUUGUAAAGCUGGGAAUUGCUACUCCAUUUUAUUGUGAAUGGAGAACUUUGAUGAAUGAGUGGACCAAUGUUGAAGAUUUUUUUGUAUUAAGAAAUCGUAAGUUGUUGCAAUUGUUACAAGAUAAUUUAGUAACUGAAGGAAAACCAAGUAGACAGAAUAAAUUGCAGAAAUCCAAAUCAUAUCCUCAUUUGGAACAUUCUUUUGAAAAUAGGAAUUGUUUAAUUCAUGUCAAGGUAUCCAUCUUGAAAAAAGGAUGCCCUAAAAGAUUUGCAAUUAUAUGUAUGCCAACACCUGAAGAUAUAGAGAUGUAUAGAAAUAAUAGGAACUGGUCGGGUCCUACAGAGAAGUUGUAUCCUGAUCCAAAUGAAACCAUUAGAAAAAGAUUAAGAAAAAAUCACUUAGCACUUCUAAAACGCUUAAGAAAGCAAAGGUUGCGACAUAAAAAAGCAUUAGAUGAUGAACUGAGACAGCUGUUAAACAGUGAUCUACAAAUUUUAAAUAGUGAGAGCAAGAGAAGAAAUUUAUUAGAAGAAAGUCGUGAAGCUGUCUGUAAGCAGUCUGAGAAAAUGACACAGAUGUACCUUCCAGAUUGUGUUGGUGUAAGAUGUUCCUGCAGUAGAGAAGUCAUGGGAUAUGUAACAGAAGAAAUUUCGUAUUAUUAAAAGUCUCCAAUCUGUCGUAAAAAUCCCUAGGCUUCUCAACAAAGUUUUUUUGGAUAUUUCUCGAAAAGGAUAAGUAAGCAAUUAAAACUAAUUGGUAAGCAAUUAUGGGCAAUUAAAGAGCAGUUUUUAAAGCUAUGUUUUAUUAAUAUUGGUCACUAUGGUGAGCCAGCUUCAAUAAUACGAACAUCGAAUGUUCCGAUUGGACCGUUUUUGGCUUUGGUAUUCUAUGUAUGAAUGGGUAGUGUUUCUACAGUUGUGUAUAGUUUCAGGAUAUAUUUAUGAUUGACGUUUCUAACGUGGCGCAUGAAUAAUUGUCAAAAUACGAUGGAAUGUCCAAAAGUUUACACAAUGAAGAUGUUAUCAGAUGGAUAAAGGAUUUAAAGAUUAGAAAUGUUCCAUAAAUAUUUGUAACGAAGCAUGUAUGUAAAAGACCCCUAAAAAAUCUUCAAUGAAUGUCAUUUUAUGUGGGACAUAGCAUAAUAGUUAUACGAAAAAUAUACGCUUGUACGUUAAAUAAA